AUGGCAACCAAGGAGGCUAGCCCCCAGUGGUGGAGAGACAUAUCGAGGAUUUCCUGUCAGCUUAUCACGCUACAGCACACACUCUGACCUGCUGCUUGAUGGGAGGAGGGGCCAGCUGUGCGCAGGGGUGCGUGCUGCUGGUCCAAGACGGGAUGUUGUGCCCUACCAUCCGGCCACACGACACUGUCCCAGGGUGACAGCUGCUCCCCUGUCCCUCUCCGGGACACUACCUAGAGCUCAUUUGUUCUCCUCAAGAAGCCAAGACACAGAAGAUAAGAUGUCAUUCUCCACGUCUUCCAGCUCCACUAAUGGACAGGAAAAGAACAAUGCAAAAUCACCAUUUCGCAAGAGAGCAAGCCUACAGAUGCCCACAAACACUGAUUUGUGCAGUGUGUCGGGGCCCAAGCCUCUCAAAUCUCAGCGCUCGCUCCCGUCAGACAGACUGCGAAGUACAUCCAUGGAGGAGAAGUACAAGGAGAUUGCUGAGGAGCUCUUCUGUCGCAGCAUGGGGGACAGCGAGAUGAGGAGCGCUCCAUACGAGUUCCCGGAGGACAGCCCCAUAGAGCAGUUGGAGGAACGGCGCCACCGUCUGGAGAGGCAGAUCAGCCAAGACAUCAAGCUUGAACCCGAGAUCUUGCUCCGCGCCAAACAGGACUUCAUGAAAAUCGACAGUGCUGCAGAUCUAGAGCUAAUGAAACAACAGAGUACGGACCAGGUAGAUGCAGGCUUCAGUGAGCGCCGGAUGCCCAUAGAGAGGGAGUUCCAGCGGGUCUCUAUCUCCGGAGAAGAAAAGUGUGGGGUUCCCUUCACAGACCUUGUAGAUGCUGCUAAAUGUGUUGUAAAGGCAUUAUUCAUUCGGGAGAAAUACAUGAGUCGAUCCAUGCAGUCGUUUUGUAAGACCACCGCCCACUCUCUGCAGGACCUGGGCAUGACAAACCAGGAGCUAGGAGUCUAUGAGGAGAUCCCCGAGACCCCUGUGGAUGAUGAUGCUCCAGUUCACCCACCAGUCUCGGAGACCCACCCAUACGACAACAUGGACCCCGAUAACAUGCCUCCAGAUGCGGGUUAUGGCUGCGCAAUGGUGGAUGGAGUGGUUCAUGUCUAUACCAAAAGAGCCAACAUGGACAAGAGUUCCGAGUUGGAUUUGCCGUAUCCAGACUUGAAGGAGUACAUUGCAGAUAUGAAUGUAAUGAUGGCCUUAAUAAUUAAUGGGCCAGUGAAAUCUUUUUGCUACCGCCGCUUACAGUAUUUAAGCUCUAAAUUUCAAAUGCACAUUCUUUUAAAUGAGAUGAAAGAAAUGGCUGCACAGAAGAAGGUUCCUCACAGAGAUUUUUACAACAUACGAAAGGUUGACACACACAUACACGCCUCAUCCUGCAUGAACCAGAAGCACCUGCUGCGGUUCAUAAAGCGUGCCAUGAAGAAGUAUCCUGGUGAGAUCGUUCACAUUGAGCGUGGACGGGGCCAGACCCUGAAGGAUGUGUUUGAGAGCAUGAAUCUGACGGCCUUUGACCUCAGCGUGGACACUCUCGACAUGCAUGCAGAUCGCAACACCUUCCAUCGAUUUGAUAAAUUCAAUGCCAAGUAUAAUCCCAUUGGAGAAUCAAUCCUCCGUGAGAUCUUCAUCAAAACUGACAAUUGUAUUCAGGGAAAAUACUUUGCACACAUAGUGAAGGAAGUGAUGGCUGACCUAGAAGAAAGCAAAUACCAAAACUCCGAGCUGCGUCUCUCUGUCUAUGGGCGCUCCAGGGAUGAAUGGGACAAACUGGCAGAGUGGGCCGUCAAUCACAAAGUGUACUCUGAUAAUGUGCGCUGGCUCAUUCAGGUGCCCAGACUUUAUGAUGUCUACAAAAUAAAGAACACUCUAGCCAACUUUCAGGAGAUGUUGGAGAAUAUUUUCCUUCCUCUUUUCGAAGCCACCAUAAACCCACGCAGUCACCCUGAGCUGCAUUUAUUGUUGGACCAUGUGGUGGGCUUUGACAGUGUAGACGAUGAAUCCAAACCAGAGCAUCACAUUUUCAACCAGGAGAGUCCACUGCCUGCCAACUGGACUGAAGAAGACAACCCUCCAUACUCAUACUAUCUCUACUACACCUAUGCCAACAUGACCGUGCUCAACCACCUGCGGAGGAUAAGAGGCCUUCAUACAUUUGUGCUGCGACCCCAUUGUGGAGAGGCGGGGCCCAUCCAUCACCUGGUGUCAGGAUUCAUGUUGUCAGAGAAUAUUUCUCAUGGGCUGCUGCUUAGAAAGGCUCCAGUUCUUCAGUAUCUGUACUAUCUUGCACAAGUGGGCAUUGCCAUGUCUCCUCUGAGCAACAACAGCCUGUUCCUUAGUUACCAUAGAAACCCUCUUCCAGAGUACCUGUCCCGAGGCCUCAUGGUGUCGCUGUCCACAGAUGACCCUCUGCAGUUCCACUUCACUAAGGAGCCACUGAUGGAGGAGUACAGCAUCGCAGCUCAGGUGUGGAAGCUCAGCUCCUGCGACAUGUGUGAACUGUCCCGAAACAGUGUUCUCAUGAGUGGAUUUUCACACAAGGCAAAGAGUUAUUGGCUGGGUCCCAGCUACAUGAGAGAGGGUCCUGAGAGCAAUGAUAUCCGGCGGACAAACGUCCCUGACAUUCGAGUGGCGUAUCGCCACGAGACGCUUUCGGAGGAGCUGCAGCUCAUCACUCAUGCGGUCCGCACAGACGAACUGGACGCUAUAGAUGAGGAGGACACUCUCACCAUGGGACCACUUUCAGGACAACGCUAACUGUCACAACAUCUGCUCUAACUGUCCCGUUAUUAACCCAGCAUGUCACUGUAGAGAGAGGACAGCACCAGUCACUAGCCUUGUGUUAAGAAUGUGUUCAAAAGCACAACAAUCACUUCAGGGGGCUGUUGUCCCCUGGUUUGCCCUUGACCAGCUCAGCUAGGCCCCUGUUUAACAAGCGGCCAGGACAGUGCCUGUGUAACUCAUAGAUUUAGAAUGUGUCCUGGCUAAAACCAUGAGGUCAUAAAAACACCAGUUACACAGUAACCUUGUACUCAUGGUUUGAUUUUAGGAAAGUACUUUGAUCCACCGUCCUGCCAAAGCCAUAACAAUAUACUAAGACUGUUCAGUAGUUAUGUAUUGUAGAUUUAUAGAAUAAAAAACAUUUUUAUUUCAAACUAAAAUGAUGGCCUCUACACAGCCACGCCUAGGUUAGGCGGUUAGGCUUAGUUAGUUUUAAUGUUCCAAGUGUAGAACAUCUGCUACAGAUCUCCCUUUGGCCAGUGAAAACAUUCCGUAAAUGUAGUUUACUUUAGUUGAGAAGAAGAAUCUAAUAUCAAUAGUAACUGUGUUUUGAUUCCAUUUGGUCCCAUGCAGCAUACAAUACAACACAUACACACAUAUUUAUAAUGUAAUAUUUAAUUUCACAUAAAACAAUAUGAAAAGCAUGUAGAUGCUUAAAUUCCUGAUCAUAUAGAACUGCCCAGACCAACUGACCACUGUUGAUAAGUUCAUCACUUAAUCCACAUUGAUCUGCAAAUGGUCUAUUGUAAGUCUGCACAAUAGAAAAGCACAGGGAUGGACACUACAAAUGUACUUUUUCUCUGUAAGUCUCAAAGAUUCAGUAACCUGAUUGUUGCAUAGCUCUUAAGCAUGUAACUUAAUUACAACAAAUGUUCCACUUCCUCCUCUGCAUGCAUCAUAUACAGUACUACACUCUGUACUCGGCACUUGUUUUAAAUUCAUUUCAUAGCUGGGCUUUCUACAGUAACACCGCUCGGUCAUAUACACUAUGUGCAUGCAUGGAGAUGGCCUUUUGUUAUUAUAACAAAGCUUCUGCCUUGAAGUGCUUUGGUUGCAUGCUGCAUGAGGAAUGGAUAAAAGGAUUGAAUGAGUUCAAACUGUACGUAUAUGGUGAACACAUGCACAGCAUCAUGCGUCUAGUCAGAGUAACAAACCAGGAUUAUUAAACAUGCCCUGAUGUUUCAAAUGUCCACAAGUGUUAUUACUACACUGUUCCUGCCUCUGGGCCAGUCCAGCUUCAGAAACAUACAGUUCUAAUGUCCAAUGACAGACAGGUGAGACAGGUGAAAAGGUUCAGCUGUUUAGUGUUGCCUCAGCUGUAGCUUUCAGUUUUAAAGGGAUGACAUAAUAUAAUGUGAGCAUGGUGUACCAUGUUAAACCAUGUUAAAAUGUAUUUUUUAUGAUACAGAAUUUAUAUUCACUAAAUUCAUGUUGCCAAGUAAAUUAGUAAUGUCUUCUAGACAAGCCUUAUUUGUUUGCUUUUUAUCUAUAUCUGUGUCAAUCAUUGAAUGCGAUCUCGAUUUGGACAUGCUGCAGCAGCCUUUUACUCAUGCACAUCUUCUGAAAUGUAGCCUUUAUAUUUACCUCUUACUAAAAGCCAAAACUCUCUGGGGUAGCUUUUCAUUUCUGUCCAUAGCAGAGGUUUUGUAUUUUUAGAUAUUUUUGUGGCCAGACUUGUCAGGAAACAGUUUGUUGUAUGUUCACCUACUGUAGACCCUACCUCACCAGAACUCAGUUGUAACAGCCUUGUUUCAUCUUAACAGUUUUAUCCAUCAGUUUAACCAUUACAAUUGCGCAUACAUCAUAAUAGGUGAAUGGUUGAUCAACACCUCUGCAUCUAAGUCCAUAUAACUGUCUUCAGUGUUGGCUCACAUUUGACAUAUUUUGAGUUGAGCCAUCUUGUUCUGCCAUUUACUUAUGUUGUUUACAUUAUAGUUUUAAUGUUUCCUUUAUGAUUUAUCUGAAAUGUAUUGUCACAGAUGCUAUUCAACUUAAGUGUACAUGUAAACAAUAAAGCAUGUUUAUACAGUUUAA